UGUUUAUCAAUCUAUUUUGGUCCGCGGAGCUGGACUAAUCUGCUAAAACCCCCAGCGAUCUGUUUGGCCAUGCAUUGGGCCCGGGAGUCCGGGCACUCCAAACGCUCGGGGGCAAUGGAUGAAGUGGUUCUAUGGGUGGGUAGGUGGACGGUGGUUGGGCCAAAGUGGCGGGCUUAUCAACGGAUUGCGGUUCUCACGGUGGAUCUGGGCGCGCUAUCAGUUAACAGUGGUGGUGACGAUGUCGUAAAGCCACCAGCGAAACGUAAACAAACGACGCCCACGGUCCGUGCCGAAGCCCAAUUGAAUCUGCAUCCGAUCCGAACCGAUGCGAACCGAACCGAGCCGAAGUCCUGGCCAAAAGUCGGACAGCUCCAGCUCCCACGGCUGCCAGAUAGCCAACCACCGGCGUCGCGUGCGCUUCGUUUUCCAUCGCAGCUCAUGGCAUUUACCAGCAGCUCAUCGCCCGCUUGGGAUUAUCGCAGCUCCCCGGCCGCGUUGGGUGUCGACCCGUUCCUGUGGCAGCGGCAGAAUGCCACGGAAACGCCAAAGGAAAUAAGUCUCCAGGCGACCAACUUGGGUGCCGGGCAUCUUCUGUGGCUCGCCAUCAAUGCCUUCUUGUUUGUCCUCAUCUUGGGCGGCAAUAUGCUGACCAUUGUGGCGGUGCGCACAUGUCGCCACCUGCGAUCGGUCAUCUCCAAUCUGUUCAUCCUGUCGCUGGCCGUCUCCGACUUCUGUGUGGGAUUGGCUCUGCCCUAUCACCUGGCCUUCUACAUGGGCUCGGAUAUUGGCGCCAUGAGAGCACCCUGCCUGCUGCGCUUCUUUCUGCUCAUCUGCGCCUGCUGCGUGUCCAUGCUGACUCUAAUCUCCAUUGCGGUGGAUCGGUAUAUAGCAGUGGUCUAUGCCCUGCACUACAGAAGAUACAUGACCCGUCGAGUGGCGUAUGGCAUCAUCAUAUCCAACUGGUGCGUGGGUGCUUUGGUGGCCCUGAUGCCCGUUUUCUGGAAUCGAUGGCCGGAGGCGCAGGCGUGUGAAUUCGACGAAGUUCUCUCACCCGGUUACAUAGCCGGAGUGAUAACGCCGGGAUUUGGGAUCAUCUGGAUAUGCAUGUUCCUUGUCUACUGGCGCAUCAUGCGCGAAGCAUCCAAGCAGGCGCUGCGAUUGCGACAAUCGGUGGUCUACAACACGGACGAGGCCACCACAAUGCGGAGUCUGCUGCUGCAUCCGGACUGGAAAAGCGUCCAGAUUGUAGUAUUCAUCAUGGGCUGCUUCACGCUCUGUUGGCUACCGUACUUCUGUGUGGCCAUUGCCCAGCUAUUCAGCAUCUGCCGGAGCAGCUCGAUGAUCUACAAGACGACGUUUUCUCUGGCCAUUGCCAACUCUGCUCUCAAUCCCAUAAUUUACUCGUGGAAGAACUCCGGCUUCCGGCGAGCCUUUGCCCAAACACUGUGCUGCCGACCAACGAGGCAGUGCGAUGAUCCGUUGCCGGCGGACAGCAAGCACCGCAUGGAGGCCACAUCCUCAUCCACGGGCUACCAGCAGGAGAUCAAGCCGAAGGACACGCAGUGAUUAACGGCACGGGAAACACACCGCUCUGACUUGGUAGAAUCAAAUUGAGAUGAUAGCAAUAAAAGUGGACAUUAUCAUUAGGAGCACCGUUUUUUAACCCACCGCCAGCGGUUUGUUUAGAUAGAUCGAUUCCAAAGUCGAAAGAAACUGCAGUAAAGUAGUAGGAUGAA